AUGUCAGAAUCAUUUACUUCCGAUUCGGACUUGGAAGGGUAUGCUUACACACCCGACGCCUCUGUUUCCUCCCUUGAGGGUAGCGCCUCCAUGAUCGAAAUACCCCCUCCAACUCCAUCCCAUGAUUCCGCGUUAUCCUCGGUAUCUGAGAAUGGCAGCGACAGCGACAGCGAUGGUGGCUACAACGAUGCGGAGGAGGAGUGGCAGGAAAGCCUGAGGCAGUUGGAGCUAUUGAUGGGCAUGGUCAUUGUGCCUUUCUUCGGCAAAUGGGUUGGGCGAAGGACUGCAUACUGGACGUGGGCGAAAUUCAUGACUUGGAAAUAUCCUGUCGAUGUAGUAAUCACCAAUCGGGCAGCCUUCAACCUUGCAGGUGCCGUUUCCGCCGUUUCGGCGCCAUUGUAA